CAGAGGCAGCAGUCACUGCUGCUGCUGUCACCCGGGCAUAGUGCAUCACCGUGAUCCCACCCAUCGUGGGUAUCGCCUCCGUCCCCGGAAAGCGCCGGGAGACCUGAGGGGCGAAGCGGCAGGAACCCUUCUCUUUAGAGAAGAGGCGACGUGUAGUCCCGGAUGCGGCCGGAGGGCGCGGGAAUGGAGCUCGGUGGCUGCCCGGAGCCCCUACCAGAAGAGAGCAGGAGGGAGCACUGGCAGUUGCUGGGUAAUUUGAAGACAACUGUGGAGGGUUUGGUGUCAGUCAACAGCCCAAACGUCUGGUCCAAGUAUGGUGGCCUGGAGCGGCUUUGCAGGGACAUGCAGAGUAUCCUCUAUCAUGGACUCAUCCAUGACCAGCAAGUGUGUUGCCGCCAGACUGACUACUGGCAAUUUGUGAAAGACAUUCGCUGGCUCAGUCCCCAUUCAGCCCUUCAUGUGGAAAAGUUCAUCAGCUUGCAUGAGAAUGGCCAGAGCAGCACUGAUGGUGUGAGCGAGCGUGCUGUUGCAGAGCUGUGGCUGCAGCAUAGCUUGCAGUGCCAUUGUCUUUCAGCCCAACUCCGACCUCUGCUUGGGGAUAGACAAUACAUCAGAAAAUUCUACACAGAUACUGCUUUCCUGCUAAGCGACGCCCACGUCACGGCCAUGCUCCAAUGCCUGGAAGCAGUGGAACAGAACAACCCCCGCCUCCUGGCUCAGAUAGAUGCAUCUAUGUUUGCCAGAAAACAUGAGAGCCCGCUGCUGGUGACAAAGAGCCAGAGUCUGACUGCCCUGCCUGGUUCCACGUAUACCCCUCCAACCAGUUACACUCAGCAUUCUUACUUUGGGUCCUUCUCGAGUCUCCACCAGCCUCUACCCAAUCAUGACUCAGAAAGAAGAUCUACUUCCUUUUCAAUCUCUGGCCCUUCCCAGAAACCACAAGAAAGCAGAGGGCACAUCUCACCAGCAGAGGAUCAAACCAUCCAAGCACCACUGCUUCCAGGCUCUGCGUUAGCCACGGAUUCCUCCUCAACCCCAAAUGAUAUGAGCUCCAGCACACUAACCAGCCCUAUAGAAGCAUCAUGGGUUAGCAGCCAGAAUGACUCCCCAAGUGAUGCCAGUGAGGGGCCUGAGUACUUGGCCAUUGGCAACUUGGACCCCCGAGGCCGGACUGCCAGCUGUCAGAGUCACAGCAGCAAUGCUGAGAGUAGCAGCUCCAAUUUAUUCUCCUCCAGCAGCUCCCAGAAGCCAGAUUCUGCUGCUUCUUCCUUAGGGGAUCCUGAGGGAGGGGGGCAAAACCUGCCGUCCAGUGUGCUUCGUAGGUCCAGCUUCUCAGAGGGACAGAUACUCACUACCACCAGUGGAACAAAGAAGAGCCAUACUCGCUCUCAUUCAGACACCAACAUUGCCUCUAGAGGAACCCCAGGAGGCCCUAGGAAUAUCACCAUUAUAGUUGAAGAUCCCAUUGCAGAAUCCUGCAGUGAUAAGUCGAAGUUGAGAGGCCCUUUGCCCUACUCUGGCCAAAGCAGUGAAGUCAGCACACCCAGCUCUCUGUACAUGGAGUAUGAAGGUGGUCAGUAUCUGUGCUCAGGGGAAGGGAUGUUCCGAAGACCAUCAGAAGGACAGUCUCUCAUCAGCUACUUAUCUGAGCAAGACUUUGGCAGCUGUGCAGAUCUGGAAAAGGAGAAUGCCCAUUUUAGCAUCUCAGAGUCUUUGAUUGCUGCCAUUGAGCUAAUGAAGUGCAACAUGAUGAACCAGUGCCUAGAAGAAGGGGAAGAAGAAGAGGAAGACAGUGAUAGAGAGAUCCAGGAACUGAAGCAGAAGAUCCGCCUUCGUCGCCAGCAGAUUCGGACUAAGAAUCUGCUCCCUGUGUACCAGGAGACAGAGCAUGGAAGUUUUCGGGUCACUUCCAGUAGCUCCCAGUUCAGUUCACGUGACUCGGCCCAGUUUUCUGACUCAGGCUCUGCUGAUGAGAUUGAUGAAUUUGAAAUCCAAGAUGCUGACAUCAGAAGGAACACAGGCUCAAACAGCAAAUCCUUCAUUUCUUCCCAGUCCUUCAACCAUUGCUUCCUACAUUCCACAUCCGCGGAGGCAGUGGCCAUGGGGCUCCUGAAGCAGUUUGAGGGCAUGCAGCUCCCAGCUGCCUCAGAGCUAGAAUGGCUAGUUCCAGAGCAUGAUGCACCGCAGAAGCUCCUGCCCAUCCCUGACUCACUGCCCAUUUCACCAGAUGAUGGGCAGCACGCUGACAUCUAUAAACUGCGUAUUCGUGUUCGCGGCAACCUGGAGUGGGCCCCACCACGGCCUCAGAUAAUUUUUAAUGUUCAUCCAGCCCCAACGAGAAAAAUUGCUGUGGCCAAGCAGAAUUACCGCUGUGCAGGAUGUGGCAUUCGGACUGACCCUGAUUAUAUCAAGCGGCUACGCUAUUGUGAGUACUUGGGCAAGUACUUCUGUCAGUGCUGCCACGAGAAUGCCCAGAUGGCCAUACCCAGCCGGAUUUUGCGCAAAUGGGACUUCAGCAAGUACUAUGUCAGCAAUUUCUCCAAGGACCUGCUCCUUAAGAUCUGGAAUGAUCCUCUCUUCAAUGUGCAGGACAUCAACAGCGCCCUCUAUAGGAAAGUCAAGCUGCUCAAUCAAGUCCGGCUGCUGCGGAUCCAGCUGUAUCACAUGAAGAAUAUGUUCAAGACAUGCCGACUGGCCAAAGAGCUUCUGGAUUCCUUUGAUGUAGUUCCAGGCCACCUGACAGAGGAUCUUCACCUGUACUCACUGAAUGACCUGACUGCAACUAGGAAGGGGGAGCUGGGGCCCAGGCUUGCAGAGCUCACUAGGGCAGGGACAGCCCAUGUAGAGCGAUGCAUGCUCUGUCAAGCCAAGGGCUUCAUCUGUGAGUUCUGUCAGAACGAGGAUGACAUCAUCUUUCCUUUCGAGCUCCAUAAGUGCCGGACCUGUGAAGAGUGUAAAGCGUGUUACCAUAAAGCUUGUUUCAAGUCUGGACGCUGUCCCCGCUGUGAGCGGCUACAAGCCCGACGGGAGUUGCUAACCAAGCAGAGUCUGGAGUCCUAUAUGUCAGACUUCGAAGAGGAACCGACUGAAGCCUUGGCUCUGGAGGCCACCAUCCUGGAGACCACCUGAAGAAGGAAAGUUAGGCCCUCUUUCUAGGGGCUGAGGUCACCCAAAAUGCAGAACUGAGCCACCCUUAUGAGGACUUUUCCCACUUGUGUUUUUUCUUUAAAUUAUUAUCAUUAUUAUUUUAUAUGACGUGUUUAAUGUCCAUGUAUAGGCAACCUUUGGUAGGUUGGUUGGGUCCAUUUUGUUAAGAUGGUUUGUAGUUGCCAGGUAUUCCCAUCAGAAGUGACACAAUGGUCUUUACAUGAAGCUUCCAAGGCCUCUUGUCAGGGGGAUGGACCAUGAUGAGACCUAACUCUUCUGACAUCCAUGGCCUUUCCUUUGGACCAGCUGGCAUUUCCAGUGGCAUUUCCAUUGGUUUUAGCUGCAUCUCAAGUGUGAUUUCCAGUUUUGUUUUGUUUCAUUUCUGGAGCUUCUGAGCCAGGCCUGGUCAACUAACUUCUCCUUUGCUGCUAAAACAGGAGGUUGGAGUAUUCUCUCUCCAAGUCCUGUAAUAGGGUCAAACUGUGCCCUGAGGAGAAGCAAAAUAAAUGGGACUAUGUAACAAGCAUUCUGUCCAACUUAGUUAGGUAUUUUUGAGACCAUGAAAACAGCAUCAUAUAUGAAUCCUCAGAAGCCUUGAGGCAGCCACGAUUUCCUUGUUUGAAAUAUCCUCGGCACAUGUAACAAUCUGACUUGGUGGUCUUAAAACCACCAAGAAAAGCUUAGUCCAGCACCAUUGGUAACCUUAUACUGAGCAUAAGUGAGGCUACAAUUCUGUUGCCCUUAUGAGAAGCAUUUAUUCAGGCAGAGCUGCCCCUGGCCUCCUAUGGCCUUAUCAGAUCCCUUUCAUUCAGCCUAAGUCUUUGGUGCAAGCUUAAAGCAAAUCCACGAUGCCAUCCUCAGUUGAGGACAGAAGCUCCAUUCACCAUCUUUGUAGGACUCUUGCUACUGUGUCUUUGCUUAGAUGGUCAUUGUGGAUCUGAAUAAAAGAACAUCCAAGUCCAUUCCCAGUGUCCUCUUCCUGCAACAGAGUUGGAACCUUCCCUGGUAGCUGAUUUCUGUAUUAGUUUCUUUUGUAAAAGUUGGGAGAAAAACUUUCUGCUAUUAGUGAUGUUAAACAAUUUGACAGCUUGUGGAUAUGGGAAUGUUCUGUUUUUGGGCUAACAAAGGCCUUUAAGCCAAUUAUGCACUUAACUCUAUAGACUAGUGAUAUUCUUAUGUUUAGCCAUCCUCUUCAUAUUCCUAAUUUUAGCACGCGCACGUGUGCGUACACACACACACACACACACACAUACCCUUCCUUUCUUUAAAUGUGUAUUUUGAUGAAACUGUAUAUAUGUUUGUGGUCUUUAAGUUGUAACAGCUCCUGACCUCUGUGGUCAGGGUUGCUAUUCUGAGGACUGGCAGCUCUAUGAAUUAAAGUCCACAGCAGUUUUGUUCUGGGACUGACUUCUUCCUGUCUACCUGUCUUUCCAUAGUUGUUGCUAAUAGGAAACACUUAAUAUGGGUAUUGCCCUAGGAAGCUAAACAGAAAGUUGCACAUGGUUGGUGGAAGCUGAUGAGUGCCUGAGCUGGAGGAUCAAGAGCCUCACAGGAAGUAGAAGGGACAUAAAGGUAAAGACCAGAGCUGAGACUCCGCCAGGGCAAGAGGGAAGAGAUGAGUCAUAAAAUGGCCCUCCCUCUGCCUCAGAUGUGGGAUCAUAAAAUGGCCCUCCCUGUGCCUCAGACGUGGGAGCUGAAGACUGAGCAGAUUAGAAUGCCCUGAGGUUUUUCUCCCUUCCAUUGGCUAGGAGGCUCUGAAAACCAGUGCCUCAGAAAAAGCUGAGUAGAUGUACAUCCUUUAAGUAGCCUUGGGAAUAACCUACAAAACUCAAGUCUCACUAAAGGUUAGUCCUUGGGUUCAGACUUAGAGGGUUGAAAAAAUGGUGAGCUCUACUUGCAGUUUUGGCUAAAAUUUCAAGUCCAGCUCCUUACUCCAAGACACUACACUGGGGGAGAGAGAUUCCUCUGUCCUGCCGUUUCAUAUUAGCAUAGGAUCAAGGAUGGAAAAUGCUGACACAGUUUCUAAAGCAGAGCUCAGCGAUUAUACAUGAUCCUGCUUAUUUUUCCACCUGUUUUUUCCCCAUCUUCCCUAUCCCUUUAUAUUGCAUAUCUAUUUUAGUGACCCUGACACUUUUCUGUCACCACUGUCCAAAUAUCCAUUUAUUUAUUUGAGUGUAGGGAGAGAGAGGGAAGAGGAUAGGAUGUUUUGAAAGCACUUUGUAGCUUAGCAGUAUCUGAAAAUCCCCUACUGUUGUGAAGGGAAGUUUUGAAUGCACUGAAAAGAGUUCCUUCUGGAUUAAAGGGGGUGGGAGAAGUGUUCUUUGUUUAAAUGAAGGGAAAACAUUUUUGCUUGCUAGGUAGAGACAAGAUUCAAAACAUAGCAGAAGAGUGGAAGGCAUAUAUUUUCCACUUAGAUGAGGCUGUUAUUGACUUUCUCUGCCAAGACUUUAGAAUUUUUGUUUGAUUCAAUAUAAAAUGAGCAAGAGUCUAAAUAGAGAUGUUCUGUGUGUGUCUAACUUGUGUUCUGAACUGGAUUUUACUUGCUGUAGUUCAUGUACAGCCUAACAGUUUGUUGUCAUAUUAAUAAACUA